AUAAACUUACUCAAUCUCACGAUUAUUUAGUUAAAAAAAAAAAAACAAACAUUUUGUUUUUUUUCCUCAAUUUUGUUAGACGGUUUUCACUCUUGCAGUCGUCGGCCACGAGCUUUUGUGCACUGGCUGGAUGCUGCUCUGCUAAAGAAGCUGUAGCUACUAUUGCUGAUUUGUGGGAGACAUGUGCCUUUUUUGAAAAUCCUGAAAGCGAACAACCAAACAGAACCAGCUAUGAGCAUGUACGCGGCAGACGUGCAAAUUCUGCAGAGCCUCACCACCCACACUAGUGACGUCAAUGCGGUGGACUUUGCCGGCGACAAUAUUCUUGUAACCGGAUCCAGUGAUAAAAAGGUGAGGGUUUGGGAAUGGCAGCUGGGCUCGGGAUUCACCGAGGCCCCUUUCUCGCCGCUUCUAGGCCACAAGUACGGGGUCACAUGUGUCAAAGUUAGUCCCCAAUCGACAAUGCUGGCGUCCGCUAGCAUUGACGGAACCACACAGCUGUGGAAUUUGAGGACUGGCUCGAAAAUUCAUACAAUGGUGCAAGCAGCAGGUGAAGCUGUGAGGAUCUGCAAAUUCUCACCAGACUCGUCCCUAUUAGUAACUGCCGGGGAUAACGGACAAGUUUGCCUCUGGGAUUUGGUUCGUCGAACCUUAAUUAGGUCGUUUCAAAAACACGAGGGCGCGAUCCAGUCCUUGGCCAUCACACCCGACUCCAACUGGUUGCUGACCUCGUGCACCCUGGGUGUGCUUCAGCUUUUUUACUGCAACGAAAUCAUCGAGUCCUGUCCGUCUCGCGAAUCCGACCUCAAUGUGUUCGCCCAAAUCGAUGACGCCCACGACCUCGGCGUUGUCUGCUGUGACUUCUCCAACGUUCAGGAGAUCACUAAUAACGAGCCGUUCGCGAAGCUAUAUCAACUGGUGACUUGUGGCAACGAUAAUCGGGUGAAGCUCUGGGAGGUGAAGGUCACCCAGGACAAGUGCGACACCCAGCCGAUGUCGGCGACAAUCGAGCUUUGCCGGAUAAUGGAGAAACACAGCAGUGCCUUAACAUGUGUUCGAUUCAGCAACAACGGAUUAUACACUGCCAGUAGCGGUCUCGACAAAACUGUCGUCAUUUGGGAGACGAGCACCGGAAGAGUCGUAUCGGUUCUCACUGGGCACAAUCGAUACGUAGCUUGCUGUGCUUUUUCGAAAAAUGGAAAUUUUUUAGCAACAGGUUCGAAUGACAAAAAGGUAAUAGUUUGGGAUUUAACUGGAAACUUGAGUCUGGAUUCCGAACUCGUUCGACACAGUUGUGUAAAAUUACAGAACAGCGAAACAUUAGGAAAGGAGUUUAUUCAUGAAUCUGAUGUGGUCAAGCACGCAGAAACGGGUGGCAACGAAGUCACGCUCAUCCAGCGACUGGACGACCACAAUGGGGCUGUCAACUCUGUGGCAAUGUUUGGCAAUCGCUUGAUUGCCUCUGGCUCUGGUGAUAAGCUCGUGCGGAUCUGGAACGUCAAGUACGACGAGGAGGGCGAGUCGACGUCCGUGUUCCAAGAGAUGAGCUACAAUCCACUCGAUGGCCACAAGUACAGCGUCAACUACGUCGAGUUUAGUCCUUGUGGGACUAAAGUUGCGUCCUGUUCGAUGGACGGCAACACUGUCAUCUGGGACGUUGAGGAUGUAGACUGUUUAGGUGGAUCGAGGGACGCCAGUUCGGGUCGCGCCCGGGAGUGCUACAUGCUGGCCACCUGUGGCAACGACUCGCUGAUCAAGCUCUGGAAAAUCAUCGUGAUCGACGACGACCUCGAGUUGGACGAAGGCACCGGGAGUAGCAGUCCUGGACUAUCGUACCGCGAGAGGCGUCAAUUUUCCGGGCACGGUGGUAACGUCAUGUGUGUCAGAUUCUCGCCCGUUCACGGCGAGAUACUCGGCAGCGUUGCGACCGAUCGUACUGCCCGGCUCUGGAGCGUCCAUACUGGAAUGUGUCUUCAUGUUCUGGAAAACCAUGAGAGUCUUGUAACAACUUGUGCCUUUUCCGAAGAUACAUCAAUCUUUUUAACAGGUGCUUUGGACAAGACUGUAUUGGUUUGGAAAUUACCUGACCAAUUGGUCUCUCAAAGUAUUCUGAUUGAUCGUUUACGAAAUUACCGAAAAAAAGUUGCCGAUUGGUCAGUUGAAGAUGUAGUUAAAUGGUUGCACGAAGUAAAUUUGGGAGACCUAUCAAGGAGUAUCUGUACGCUUUCCAUAACUGGGCGAAUGUUAUUGCGCAUCCCGGAAGACGUCAUCAUAGGCAAGCUAAUGCUGGACAAUGACCAGGAGCUGAUUGACAUGUUUCGCAAGCACUUGUAUUGGUUGAAAUGCGAAGAUAGUAACACUGCCUACAUUGUUGAAGAUGUGGAUAUUCCAGACGAUUUCUUAUGCCCGAUAACGCACGAAAUUAUGAGAGAACCUGUGCAGUGUUCAGAUGGCUUCACGUACGAAAGAGCAGCAAUAAACGAGUGGUUCCUGUGCGGAAAGUUCACCAGUCCUAUGACCAAUGAACCACUCAAGACAACCAGCUUGACGACAAAUGUCGAUCUAAGAAAUGCAAUUUUCGAGAUGUUGCACGGCGACGGACCUGCGAGCAAGUAAUUACGAGCACCCACUCACUCAGCGUUCAGACUAUAUGGACAUCCAGCACGUAUGAUGAAUGUAUUAUACCUAUUUAUUUGUCAAUUGUCAAUUGUUAUUUGUUGCAAUACCAUUAGUGAAUUAUUUCUUGCUUACGCACCUUUACGAUAGUUCGGAUUUCUGAUGAGGGCUUCACGAGAGUCGAGACAAGACAAUAUUUGGAUAAUUAUUGUACUGUUCUUAAAAAAUCUUGAGAACAUUAAUUCUUGUCUUGGUCUGGACACAUGAAGUCUUGUAUUGUAUUGGUCUUUUCUUGAGAUCUUGUCAUUCAAUUUCUGAACCAUUGAAACCAUAGAUAUUCGUUAUAAAGCAACAGGAAGGCGACUAAAUUUGAUAUUUUAUUAAAAUGUAGUAAAAUUUUAAUAAAAUUUUUUAUUUUGUUUAACACUUUAUGUUAAACCUCGAUCACAUUAAUGUAAAAUAAAGAGUAAAUAAGUAAGCUCAAGAAUUAUUGAAAAACCAAGAUUCUUGAGGAAACUACUCUUGGUAUUCUCUUAAAAUUUUAAGCUGUAUCUUGUCUCGAUCUUAUCUUGAAAUUCGAGACAACACAAAACAAUAUCAAGAUAACUCUGGAGAUCUCGUGAAGCCCUAUUUCUGAUGAUACAUUGUUAAGUAUAGAUUACU